AUGGUGGAAAGUCGUGCCGAGGUCCUCACGUUCCUUGGUGGGUUGCUUAUGGUCUUCGUCGUUUCAGCAGUUGUUUUUGCUCCCUCGGUUCUUUCUGGCGUGAGUUACUUGAACAUCACCGAUCCCUCCACGGCACAAGUGUCACUGAAGUGGCUGGAGCAAGUUUCCAUGGCUGGAAUGACAGCCGUGCUGAACCGGCUGCUGGCGAUUGGCAUGAGAUCAGCUGCUGAAGCGGGGGGCUUUGUACAGAAGGUCAGUGAGGACAGCGUCUUCUUGGUAUGUACAUAUUUGUUGGUCCUCGCCAACUCCGUUACACCUCUGGGUAUUGCCCAAAUUGUGGCAUCCUGGUCGGACUUGCGCGUCACCCCAUACUCAGCAACAGAGUGGCUAUUCACGUUGAUGGCCGUGAUCCUUCUCACGACGGAGUUUCUCUACAUCGUCUUUCCUGCCUGGUCCUACUGGACUGCGCACUUCCGUGUGCGGCAGAGCAGGUACAUCACAGUUCGGGAAGGUCAGCCAGUCUUGACAAGUGCUGAGUUCCCCAUGGCCCAAAGGUAUGUCGACAUCUUGCUGAUGAUGACAUUGGUGUUUGUCAUGAUAACCAUUGACUACAAGUCCAUGUACACGAUUGGAUCUGAGAUCUUAAUGCUCUUCUACAGUUUCUACGUCUAUUUCAUCGACAAGUUCUUCUUCUUGCGCAUCAAUCGGCAGACCUACUACGUGAGUUCCAAUCUCGAUCGCACGGUGCACUACCUUUUCACUGUUCCCAUGUUACUUCUGGCUUGGUUUCCUCUUCAGCUCUUUGACUCUUGGCUGCCGCCGAGUGGCUGGGGCAGAUAUGCAGCCAUGCCCGCAGCUGCGGUAGGCGUUGUGCUGCUGUUCCUGGCCACAGUGAGUAUAUGUAGAUGCUGCAAUGAUCCGCAACGUGAGCUCAGUGAUGUGCCGUAUGUGGAGGUUGCCGCCGUCACGGCUUGCAACUACUUCAACACCAACUACGCCCACGUUCUUCGCACAUUGCAUUUCCCAUCCAUCGUCGUGCCGCCUGUCUAUCCACACUUAGCUGGAAAGGAGUAUCUUCAUGGUGGCCAAUUUGCCGACCAUGAUGACACCGUUCACUUGCGGGAGACGCUGAUGCUCCUCUGCAAAAGCCCCUUUGCAGAGCUCGACACGCUGGGCAACCCACAGGACCUGACCUGA